CGUCGCCGCAGCCCUCAGCUUCCCGGGCUGGAAACCGUAGCGAUUGAACCGCCACCUCUAGCUCUGCGCAGCCCGCCGCCCCUCCCGCCGUCCCGCGGCUUUGCGAGGAAGCGCAGCGGGGACUCGGGGCCACCGGGGAAACCUGUGACCCCCCACGCAGGAGCGGCGGGGCGGGAGACCGGGAGAAGAUGGCGACGCCGGGAAGCGAACCCCAAGCUUUCGCGCCCGCCCUCUCGGUAACCGCCCUGCACCCGCAUCUCCACCAGCACCACCAGCAUCACGGAGGCACCGGCGGCGCGGGCUUCAACCUGCCCUUGAACCGUGGUCUGGAGCGCGCGCUAGAGGAAGCGGCCAACUCUGGGGGCUUGAACCUGAGUGCCAGGAAGCUGAAGGAGUUUCCCAGGACUGCAGCCCCGGGGCACGACCUCUCGGACACGGUUCAGGCAGAUCUGUCUAAAAACAGACUGGUGGAAGUGCCAAUGGAGCUGUGCCACUUUGUAUCACUGGAAAUUCUAAACCUAUACCACAACUGUAUCAGAGUCAUUCCUGAGGCCAUUGUCAACCUGCAGAUGCUGACCCACCUAAACUUGAGUCGAAAUCAGCUGUCUGCUCUGCCCGCCUGCCUGUGUGGCCUGCCUCUCAAAGUCUUAAUCGCAAGUAACAACAAGCUUGGAUCACUGCCUGAGGAGCUAGGUCAGCUCAAACAGUUAAUGGAGUUGGAUGUUAGCUGCAAUGAAAUCACAGCCUUGCCUCAGCAGAUAGGCCAGCUGAAGUCUCUUCGAGAACUGAACGUCCGAAGAAAUUACCUUAAGGUUUUACCACCAGAACUGGUAGAUCUCCCCUUGGUAAAGUUUGACUUUUCCUGCAACAAAGUGCUGGUGAUCCCGAUCUGCUUUAGAGAGAUGAAGCAGCUGCAGGUGCUGCAACUGGAAAACAACCCUCUGCAGUCCCCUCCUGCUCAGAUUUGCACAAAAGGAAAAGUGCACAUAUUUAAGUACCUGAGUAUACAAGCGUGCCAGAUUAAGACAACCGACUCCCUUUACCUCCCCUCCAUUGAGAAGCCACAUUUACACCAGCACGUGGAAGACAGCAAGAAGGACUCUGAUUCCGGUGUUGGGAGUGACAACGGAGACAAGCGGUUAUCUGCCACUGAGCCCUCUGAUGAGGACACGGUUAGCCUCAAUGUGCCCAUGUCCAACAUCAUGGAGGAAGACCAGACCAUCAAGGAGGAUGCGUGCCAUCAUCUCACCCCACCUAAAGGAGAAUUUCAGCCGAAGCCUUCCCUUCUAGGUGACAGCAAGAACUCAGGACAAGAAAGAGACCCGUUUGCUGAUGGAACGGAUGUUCUCCAUUCAGGAUUUGUGAACUACAGUAUCAAGGGAGAAGACUGUGAAGAGCUAUUGCGGAUAGAAGAGGAUGCUCACUGGCCAAUGGAGGGACUACUAAAUUCGUCCAAAGACCAGGAUUUGGAUAUAGCGUUGAUUGAGGAGCUGAGAGAGGUAGAAGAUUUGCUUCAGGAUCCCAACGGUCUAAGCACCGAAAUUACAGAGAGAAGUAUUUUGAACCUGUACCCCAUGGGCUCAGCAGAAGCCUUAGAGUUAUCCGAUCCUACGCUCAAUGGUCAGUUGCAGCUGGAGAUGUCUCCAGACUAUGAGGUUCAAAAUGAUCUGAUGUUACAGAGUAACGGAAGCCAGUAUUGUCCAAACGAGAUGAAAGAGCCUUCCCCUUCAGUGUCUCCUACCGUAAACAUCACAGCUCCGUUUGGCCUGAAACCUCGCUCAGUGUUUCUAAGACCUCAGAGAAAUUUGGAGUCUAUAGACCCACAGUUUACGAUUCGGAGGAAAAUGGAGCAGAUGAGAGAAGAGAAAGAGCUGGUGGAACAGCUUCGUGAGAGCAUUGAGAUGAGGCUGAAGGUCACCCUCCACGAAGACCUGGGGGCGGCCCUCAUGGAUGGUGUCGUGCUCUGCCACCUGGCCAACCACAUCCGCCCUCGGUCUGUUGCCAGCAUCCACGUCCCCUCACCGGCAGUUCCCAAACUCAGCAUGGCCAAGUGCAGGAGAAAUGUGGAAAACUUCUUGGAAGCAUGCAGAAAACUUGGCGUUCCUGAGGAAAAGCUCUGUCUGCCUCAUCACAUCCUUGAAGAGAAAGGCCUGGUCAAAGUGGGCAUGACCGUUCAAGCGCUGUUGGACGUCACCGUCACAAAAGCUCUAUUCACAUGAGACCAAGCCCUUUGCUCUGGGUGGGCUCAGACUCUGCCCAGAGCAGGGACUCUUAACUCUUGCUACCCAACUCAACCUCCUGCCAGUUCCGGGACAAGCUGCACUGACAAGGUGUCAGCCCAAGGGAGGAUUCAGGACCUUUCCGAGUUGCCCUCCGGGUUCGAGUUGGACAGGUAUUUUAUCUGACAGCCAGUAAAGGGAGCUGGCGGAGAACUGAGUAGCAAACCAUUGCCUUUUCAACCUCCUUCAUCCCUUCCACACUCACCAGCUGCCAUUACCAAAUGCCAAGCACAACCGUUUCACAGUGAGUUGCAUCUGCUUGAUCAAAACCAAACUUCUUGCAGAAUCCGUGGGGGGGAGGGGGAUGCAAUCAGGUUGUUUUGUUUGGUUGAUUUUUUUGUUUUUUGUUUUUCUUUUGUUUUUUUGGCCACCAAAAGUUUUCAAGAUGUCUCUUGAGAUCAUUGCCUUUUUGAAAAACUAUUUUCAGCAUACAAAAUAUUUAUAUAAAUAUUAUUUAUUAGUGAGUCGUUAUUCAUCCUUUGGAUGCAAAUUGUAAAUUAGGAAACUAUUUUAUUACUGCUUUUUUGUGGUUAAACAAUUUAUUUUAAUAUUAUAAAUACUGAGUUAUUUUCGAGCCUCUUUGGCGUGUAGGAGUUCCCAGGUCUCAGUGUUCCUAUUUCCUGGUGUAUAUGGUUUAGAAAAGAAAAAUUAAGCAAGAAACACGUGCUUCUGUGACAGAGAGCUAUUUUCUGAGAGGUGUUACCAACCUUUUGAUUUGCAGAACAUUGAUCUUAUUUAUAUUUCUGCAUUCCAUCCUGUUUCCUACAUUCCAGCAGCCCUCUUGUCCCCCAAAUAUAGUAAACUGACUAAAAUCAAGAGAGCACCCCAAAGUUAUUUGUAAAUAGCUAUGUGAAAAAAAAAAGACAUAUUAAACUUGAAGAUAAAAUGUGAA